UCUAUAUACUGUAUACGGUCCAUGUCGGGUCGAAUUUCUUCCCAGUCUUUCUCUGUCUUUUCACUUCUGUAAAGCUAAAUUCAUUCAAUAAACACUGAAAAGGGCAAAAAGGAAAAAAUUCAAUGGUCUCCAACUCGAGCAAUUCUGCUUCAAUAUCUAAAAAAUUUCAUGGAGAACAGGGAAGUGAUGCUGUGGGAAACUUGACAUGUAAAUUAACUCAGCUCAAGAAGCAGAUUCAAGCAGAAAGAGUUGUUUCAAUUAAAGAAAAAGUGGAGAAAAACAGAAAGAAUCUUGAAGCUUAUGUUUCUGAGCUUGAUAAAUUGGCAGCAUCAAGGAAUGAUGUUAACAUUACAAGGAACAAUGAUUUGGGUAAAUCCCUUUCCUUGAGUAUGGAAAAUCCUCUUUCCAAAGUUAGUGGGUUUGUUCACGGAGAUGGAGACAGAGAUUAUGUGAACACUGAAGAAUUUGUAUUUUCUGCAACUGCCAAGCUUCCAAAAAUUCAGAAGAUACCUCGUUAUACUACUUGGAUUUUCUUACACAGAAAUCAGAAAAUGGCUGAUGACCAGUCAGUGGUUGGGAGGAGACGGAUUUACUAUGAUCGACACGGUAGUGAGGCUCUCCUCUGUAGUGACAGUGAUGAAGAUCUUGCUGAAAUGGAGGAGAAGCAUGAAUAUUCUGAGGGGGAAGACCGUAUUCUAAGGAUGGCUUUUCAGGAGUAUGGGCUAAGCGAUGAGGUGCUCAACACCUUGACCCAGUUCGUUGGUGGAACCACUGUAGAGAUCCAGGAGCGCUGCAACAUGCUAAAGGAAAAUCAAAUGGCAGAAAAACAGAACUCUGGAGAUAUUGAGUUCCUGGACAAAAGCCUUACUGCUGCUCUACGAUCGUUUGAUUCUUAUUUUUGUCGUCGAUGUUUGGAAUUUAAGUGUGGCUUGCAUCCCUGCCCCCAAAUUCUUAUUUUUUCUAGUGAAAAGCAGUCAUACACAUUUGAUUCUCAAGAGGGUGGGAAACCUUGUAGUGAUCGGUGUUACCUUCAGUUGAACGUGUUAAGAGACUUGCCCUUGAGUUCAGACAUAGAUCCCUUGCAAAUACGCCAUCAAGAAUGCCAAGGAGAGUGGAGGACAUCACUGCCUACUACUUCAUUGGCUAAAACCUCAAAACUUGUUCCUGAUGACUUAUUAAGUUCUUCCAGUAAGAAACUGAAGUUGGCAGUGCAUAAUUCUAUGGACCUUACCCCAAAUCCAGUUGUCCAGGGUGUGGAAAUGGUUCAAUCCAAUGAAGAUGAAUGCCAGAUGACGACCACUGAUGCAGUUCACAUUUUACAUAAACACAAUUCGAAUGAAUGUCGUCCUCGUCUUCCUAUAAGUGGGAAUAAGGUCAAAGAUAAAGGAAAAGACAUUGGAGGAUUACCUUUGAAGGAUUCAGCUAAAUUUUCUCACAGACAUGGUGACUGGAGACCUGUAGAGAAAGACUUGUACUUAAAGGGGAUUGAGAUUUUUGGAAAAAACAGUUGCCUUAUAGCAAGGAACAUGCUGCCUGGUUUGAAGACUUGCUUAGAAGUAGCCAAUUAUAUGCGCAGUGAAGAAGCAAUAAUUUCUCGUGGAUCUUCUUCUGCGCUGAACCCAUUAUUAGAGGAUGUUGGAAAAACUGACAUGGAUACGGAGUCAGAGAUGCCAGUAAGGCCACGAAUAUAUCGUAAAAGGGGAAGAAUGCGGAAGCUUAAGCCUUCUUGGAAGUCUGCUGGCCACCCAUCACUCUGGAGAAGAAUUGCAGAUGGGAAAGACCAGCCAUAUAAGCAAUAUACUCCUUGUGGGUGCCAGUCCAUGUGUGGAAAGGAGUGUCCUUGUCAACAAAACGGAACUUGCUGUGAAAAAUAUUGCGGGUGCUCAAAAAGCUGUAAAAAUCGUUUCAGAGGAUGCCAUUGUGCUAAGAGUCAAUGCAGAAGCCGGCAAUGCCCUUGUUAUGCCGCUGGACGUGAAUGUGACCCAGAUGUUUGCCGAAAUUGCUGGGUUAGCUGUGGCGAUGGUUCACUAGGUAAACCACCAAGGAGAGGGGAAGGUCAGUGCGGCAAUAUGAGGCUCCUUCUCAGGCAGCAGCAAAGGGUGAUUCCAAGGCCUUUUGAAUAUUCAGCGGGAUUUCUGUUUUAUCAAGGUUAGUAGUGAAAGUACGAAACUUUGUAGAUAGUGCAUUAUAAGUGUUAAGGAAGAAAAUCAAUUAGACAUAAUGUAUAUUAGGCAAGAACAUUAUUUGGUAUAUUUAGUUUCCAUGUAUGUACACGUUAUUUUUCUAUAUAAUAAAAGGAAGAUGAGAGGAAGAGUUUACCUUCCUCUCUACUUAUGCUAAACUCUCGUUAAACAUGGUAUGAGAGCAAAAUUUUUAGGGUUUGGCAUUCUUCUUCUCUUAAGCAAAUCGUCUGUCCCCUUUUUUUUUUCCUUCUUUUUUUUGCCUUUUCCUCCACUGUGUGAUGAUCUCAACCAGUAUGAAUUGUUGAUUAAAAGAUAGUAGAACCUCAGUAUGUUGAUUAUCGAAUGCGUCAAGUGUGGCCACACAUGGUGCCUGUAGUUGCCGGUGGUUGUAGUAGCAGUCAUGGGUUGCAAUAGAUAUUGGGCAUCGACAGCAGGGUCUGCUUCUUCUUAAUCAGUGGUCGAGUGGCGACGCAGUGGCUAUAGUAUUGCUCUCGUUUCUCUGCAGUUCUUGGACUUGAUUUGGGCAUUCUGUGGCUUCAAUUAGAAUUGUAGGCUAGUUAAUUUGGCUCUGGCUAUGAAUGUAGUUAUUGGACUCUAGUAAUUUUGUUGGGCUUAGUUUGUGGUUGGAUUUUGUUUGGGCUCAUAUUGUUAUUUGAUUUCUUUGGGCUCUAAUUUUUGGUUUCUGGCUUAUUAUUUUUGGAGUCUCGUUAUUACUGGGUUAGUCACUUGGUUUAUGGUUGCCUGUUAUUAUUGAUUUGUCUUAUUCUCUAUGGUCCAAGUACUAGUGUGGGUGGUAAAAUUAUGUCAUCCAAGAUGGAGAUGUUCAAUUUGACUGGACUCAUGGCACCAGAAAAUUGAAUGAAAGAAAUUAUACUUAUUGAGCUAGGUGUGUCGAGAUCUUCUUAUGAGGUAAGGGUUUAUAUAACCACAUGAUUUUAGACAAGCCGUUUGCCAAAUCUUCUGAAGGUGAUUCCAAUCUCAACGAUCGGUGGGAUCAAGAAGAUAAUGCAAUCAUUGGACUUAUGAUCAGUAGUAUUGAGCCUUAUAUUGGGUCUUUUUCUCUUUACAUAUCUACGGCUAAGCAAAUUUGAGAGCAUCUUAAACAUAUACACUCUGGAACAGGGAAUGUUACUGGAAUCUAUGAGACUUCCAAACAAUAUUUUAGGCUUGAGAAAGGCUCUUCCAACCUUGUUGAGUAUUAUAAUAAACUAUUGGCUGUGUGUCUGGAAAGAAAUAUGUAUCAACCUCUCUCUCUUGACUUGAAAGUUAUGGAAAAACAGCGGGAAGACAUUGAUAUUGUUAAAUUUCUUAUUGGUUUUCCACCCGAGUUUGAAGUUGUCAGGCCCAGAUAUUGGGUGGAAAAGAACUUCCCAGCCUUCUAGGGACAUUUUCUCAUAUUCAGCGCUCUAUUCUCUUUGAUAGUGCACCUAGUGGAGAUAAUUUUACUUUUAUUGCUAGGGUUGGCUCAUUUAGGGGUGGACAUAGCGGUUAAAGUGGACGUGGUGUUAGUUCUUGGGGUGGACGAGAUACUAGAAGUAGUGGUUGUUUGGGAAAUCGUGAACCUCGAAAAUGUACUUACUGUGGUCGUACAGGUCACUCUGUUGAUUAUUGUUGGGACUUACAUAGCAAACCAUCUGGUUCUGCCAAUCAAGUCUUGUCUAGUGAGGACCAUCACCCAGUAUUUGGAUUGGUAACUAACUCUAACUCAACACAAGGAUCUGAUCUCUUAAUUGUACCACGGGAUGAGUAUGCUGAGUUUUUAGCUCAUAAACAGGCUACUUCCACUUCUAUGGCCACACUCGCUCAGUCAGGUACUGCAUCUUCUCACUGUCUAUUGUCAUCCUCUAACAAUCCGUGGAUUAUCAAUUCCGGUGCAAUAGAACACGACUGGUUUGUCUACUUUUCUUUUUGAUUAUCAUCCUGUUAUUUCUUCCACAUGUGUUACUCUGGUUAACGGUUCCCAAACUAGUGUUGCAGGCUCGGGCAAUACCCGUCCUAGUCCUAAUAUUAACCUGUCAACCAUCCUUCAUGUUCCUGGUUUCCCUCUAGUUUAUUGUCUAUUAGUAGAAUUACCAAAUCUCUUCAGUGCUCUGUAACAUUUUAUCCCUCCUUGUGUGUUUUUCAGGAUCUCAAGACGAAGAGGAUGAUUGGUAUGGGGAAUGAAGUUGGUGGCUUGUACUACCCGGAUAUUUCACCGGUCUCUCCUCGAGCUCUUCGGUCUUCUGUUUCAACCAUAUAGUGGCAUUGCCAUCUUGGUCACCCUUCUCGAUCCACUUUAAAACGUCAAGGUGUGAGUCUUCGUAAUGUGUCCUCCCUUGAAUGUGAUGCUUGUCAGCUUAGCAAAUAUCACCA